ACUUGAAUGAAAGAAUGACUUAUGGCGUUGAUUAAUUGUGCAUCAUUAUGAAUUUUCUUUUAAAUUUUAGUUGAAUUAUAAUUACGUGAACACCUCGCGUUGUUUUCCGUUAUUGGUUAUAAAAUUUUGGUCUUCCUUGGUCGAGUGUUAUUCGAGCCGUUUUCGGUAGCGUCCUGAGGCUUUGCUGUAUUCAGCUGUUUGUUUGCCAGCUUGUCGCGUAAUCAGCCUUUCAAAUCGAAUAUUGAAUAAUAUGCAGUACGUUGUGAUCGACGUCGAAGAUUCAAAACUCAUCGAAUUUCCAUCUAAAGAUGAUGGAACACUCGCCCUUUCAUCAUUAGCAGCUCUCUACCCGGGUGUUACCGGAUUGAAGUAUGAUCUAAACGGCCACACUCGUGCUGUCAAACCAGCUAAUGGAAUAUUAUAUCCGCCGGAAAACUGUUGGGGAGAAAGAACUUACUACCUUGUAUUUCAGAAAGAUAACACAAAACGCAAGGCUGAAGAUGCCUCAGAAACGUCCGAGUCGAAAACUUUCAAAGUGGAUACCGAGUCGAGAAAGGUUCAUACCGAUUUGGAGGUGUUUGGGUUACCUAGUAAAACAACGGAUAAGGAAUUACGAGACUACUUCUCUAAAUUCGGCGAAGUACAGUUCGCGCAGGUCAAAAUCGAUCCCAUUUCGAAGGAAUCCACACGCUUUGGUCUUAUCAGAUUCGCUAACCAAGAAGUUCGAAGACGAGUCAUAUGGCAAAGACAUCAGAUCGACGGCCGAUGGUUGAACAUACACAUUCCUAAAUCCGAGAUAAAGAAAGAAAUUGAGGAAAUAGUUCACUCGGCUCCUGAUGAGGACACCUUGAUCAGUGUUUUGGCAGAAAAAAUUCGUUUUAUGCAGAAUGAUUGCGUCCAGAUUGAGAAAGACCUAUUAAAGGUGCGCAGUGAGCGACAGAAAGCGGAAGACAAUUUGGUUAAAGUUAAAGCAAGAACUAAAAUGUUGGAGAAACACUGCGCAUUAUUAAUUGAACACGAAGACGAUGAGAAAUUUUCAGAAUUUUUUGACGAUUUAGCCUCAAAAUCAAAUUUAUGGAAGUCCUGGCCUUUUAGCACGGAGGCGGAAAUCGAUAAUGUUAUGGAGCAAGCUGUCAAAUUUGCUCAUCUACGCUCUAGGUCGGAUUCGUUUGAUACUGAUGAAUAACCCAAAAAUACAAUGGUUUUAUGACGAGCUGUAUUCAGUUGAUUCCUGAUUUUUUGGAGACUAAUGAAAGAAAAAACCAAUAUCUGUUUUUACUAAUAACACAGUAAGGAAUGGAAGGAUUUUAUUCGUGAGAUGUAAAAAAAAAAAUACAAUUAAGAUGUACCUUUGUGAUUAUUGUUCCUAUGUAUAAAAUAUAAAAAAUGUUUUUAUUUA